AUGAGGACGGUCGCCGCAGAAUUCGACUCUGGCGACCGAACGUGCUUCGGCCAUCCCGAGUGCAUGAAGAAGAGCAAGCUCGAGGUGUCACCUUACCUUCACAGCGAUCGCCUCACAAUUGAGUGUGCCAUCACUAUCUGCACGGAAGCGCCCAAAUCGUUUGCUGAGGUGCCGUUGCCGCCAUCCGACAUCACGGAUCACCUCAGGAAGUUGUGGCAACGGAAAGAGGGAAGCGAUGUCACCUUCGAGGUUCAAGGGGAGGCUUUUCCUGCGCACAAGAUAGUGCUCGCGAUGCGGUCGCCGGUGUUUAAGGAAGAGUUGUACGGUGCCUUGAGGGAAAAUGAUAUGGGUUGUGUUAUCAUCGGCGACAUGCAACCUCUAGUCUUCGAGGCCCUGCUCCAUUUUAUAUACACCGAUUCGUUGCCCACCAUGGAUGAUCUUUACCAAUAUCAAGAUGAGUACAAAGAGAUUAUUGGACAUUUGCUUGUAGCCGCGGAUCGGUAUGCCAUGGAAAGACUGAAGAUCAUAUGUGAAAGCAUCCUUUGCAAGAACAUAGAUGUGAAGACCGUGGUGACUACACUGGUUUUGGCUGAUCAGCAUCACUACAACAAGUUGACUGAUGCUUGCAUUGAAUUUAUUGCCUCUUUGGGUAAAGUGGAUGAUAUAAUAGCAAGCCAUGGAUAUGCUGAGCUCAAAAGAACCUGUCCUUUGGCUUUACUGGAACUGUGGAAGAAGGCAACUAGGCUCUACAUGAUAUAG